UCUUCACGUAAAAAGAAAACGGCAGAAAAUCAAACUAAAAGAAGCUCGUAACGAAUUACAUGCGGAUUGGAUAAUAUUUGUUAAUGCAGAAAAACAUAAACUUGAGACUUUGCAAAACGCAAGCAACCAAGUAUUAGAUUUCCAAACAAAAUUAACUGAAGAAUUAAGCAAGGAACGUUUAUCGGAACCUACAGUUGUACCUGACCAAACAUUAAAAAGUAAUGAUGAUCAAAACAUAAAUAGGAAUGAUGAUCAAGCUAUGGAAGAGGGUUGUAAUUCUUCAAGUUUUGUUGAAGGAAAGGAUACGGCUAAUUCUUUUCUUUCGGAUGAAGAGGGAGAAACUGAAUCAGCUGAAGGAGCAAAUGUGUUAUUAACUGAAGAAUUAAGCAAGGAAUGUUUAUCGGAACCUACAGUUGUACCCGACCAACCAUUAAAAACUAUGGAAGAGGGUUUUAACUCUUCAAGUUUUGUUAAAGGAAAGGAUACGGCUAAUUCUUUUCUUUCGGAUAAAGAGAGAGAAACUGAAUCAGCUGAAGGAAAAAAUGUGUUAUCAACUAAAUCUACAGUUGCACCUGCAACAUUACUUGGUCAAAUGAACAUGAGUAGUGAUGAGCAAGUAAUAAAAGACAGUUUUGCUUUGCCGGGUCCUAAGAAAAAGGAUGCAGCUAAUCCGUUUUUUUCAGACGACGAAGAAAGAGUCAUUCGUUAUUAUGAAGGGCAAAAAAAUCAAUCAUUAAGUAGUAAGGGGAAUGUGCUCCCUAAUGGCAACAAAAUCGAAAGGCCAGCGCCUUUAAAUUUAGUACCGUCAGAUGAAGAGAAUGAUUCUUCUCAAGGAAUUAAUGAAGAUGACGAUGAAGGUAUACCUUCAGAAGAAUCAAUUGAUUCUGCUUUUAAUGAUCCAAGAAUAUGGAUGUUGCCAUCUGGCCGAAAUGUCACGGACAUAUAUUUUGAAAAAAUAUCCGAGAAUGCCAGUGCAAUUAAAAAUAAGAAAUUAACUAUGAUUGAAAAAGCCAUAUUGCGUUACGGAGCAUCAAACAUAAUUGACUUAUCCGCACAUAUGAAAAGUUGGUUUUCCACCGAUGACAAGAGAUUUAUGAUGAAAAAUUAUGAGUCUAUGUUACGAAUUCCUGAACUGGCAUUAGAAGAGAGUACAUUUGUUUUGCAAGUCGAAGAGAUGGUACUUAAAGGGGAAGUAAAUCAGGCAAAAAAAUAUUGUUCAGAGAUUCAUUUUAAAUCGGAAGAAAACAGUUAUUUAUAUAAACUUAGCAAAAUUUAUGGAGACUUGUGUGAUGUUCGCUUCCUAUCAAUGUUGGGUGUUAAUGUUGGAGAAUGGGAAUUCUCUGCUAAAAUUACAGCAGCAAAAAUCAUUGGCGAUAGUUGGGGACAUUUGCGUGCCUUUUUUGCUACAAGUGGACAACUAUUGAUUGAGAAUCUGGUCGAAAGAUUUUACAUUGUUUUUCCAGGGUCUAAAUUUGAGUUACCUACGAAACUUAGGGAUAUCAGAAAACUAAAAACUUCUAUUAAUAUCAUAAAAUUAGUUAUGAUUAUAGACAGUUUAGAGACAACACAUCAUGAAUUUGAAGAUAUUUUUAGCGAGGAUGAGAUUAAAAUCACCAAACCCAUUCAUUAUAAAUACAAAUAUGUUCGUAAACCAUGGUGGACUCCAAAAAGCAAAAAUCAUAAUAGAUAA